GUCGCAUUAUACAUUGCCACACAUGUCACGUCGCUACGCUUGAGACUGCAAAAAAAUCAAUAAUUUCAUUCAAUCGUCACGACACAAGGAUGGAUGGUUUUUGUAGCGACGAUGAUAAUACUAAUCGCUCAGCGUGCACGAGUAUUGUAUAUCGGGAUACAGACACAAACUCGUAUGCCACGUGACGACCACUUAUCGGAGCAGUGUCAGUUGUCUAGCUUGUUUCCGUGAAGCUCGGUGCUCAGUGUCGCGAGAUCGUUGAUUGCGACUUCUUCGUGAUGGAGUCGGGAACAUUGGCAAGAGUGUUGCACGACUUCUUUACGACCGUCGACGGAGAGCUGAGUCUUUCUAAAGGACAUUGCUUCCUGAUACACGAGAUAGUAGACAAACAUUGGUGCUUGGGUCAGUCUCAAGACAGGAUUGGCAAGUUCCCUUUGAGUCAUCUACAUAAAGUGGAGAUUCCUGAGUUCAGUGAGGCAGAAAGACUGUUUGUAGCAGUCGCUAACUUUCCUGGACAAGAAACAGGAGAUCUGUCCUUUGCACAAGGGGAACUCAUAAUUGGAACGAGAGACAUAGGCUCAGGAUGGUGCAUGGGCAGAACAAGUUCUCGCACAGGAAUUUUUCCUACAACUCAUACUUGGGAACUCGAUACAACACUGAUAAAGAAAUCAUCAAGGAAGAAAUCAGUAAGAAAAAAGGCCAAGGUUGAUACAACACUGAAAGCACAACUUGAAGAAGAGUUAGACUUGAUUGCAGGAGAAGUGGUUACAGUCACAGAGGUUUUGGAUGAUGGCUGGUGUCGUGGAGUAACAGAAAAUGGAAAGGAAGGCAUAUUUCCAGAAGGAUUUAUAUCUUAUAUAAGUGCGGAUGAAGAUGAAACAGAUCAAGCAGAAAUGGCAAGCACAAUGAGAAGUAACUUGGCAUGGCCCACAUGUAGUGACACAACUUCCAACGAUUUCAAUACAGCUGCUUCCAUAAACUCAGAUAAACCUGGAGAUCCUACUCCAAAUUAUUUUGACUUAUUUCCAGAAGCUUUGGCAUCUACCAGCAAUUCAACAGACACACAGUGUGAUACUCACGCCAAGUCUGUCGAUAUCAAACCAUACGCCAUAACAUUAUAUCCAUUUAACGCGCAAUUUCCAAACGAGCUGAGUUUUGGAGUAGGUGAGGUGGUGCAUAUCACUAGGCAUAUUGAUUCCGAGUGGAUGGAAGGCAUGAUAGAUACCGCUAAAGGCAUUUUCCCAUCAUCUUAUGUCAACGUUAUAGUUGAUUGUGUAGAAAUUGAAAAUAAUCAGAUCCAGCUCGAAGUGGAUGCGACUCCUGCGAAGAAAGACGCCCUGGAUCCAGGCGUUACAGUGAAGGUAUUAUAUACUUUCCAUGCACAAAUGGAUGGUGAUCUAAGCGUUCACGAAGGCGACGUCGUUACUGUAGUAGACACGGCGAACGAGGAUUGGGUAAAUGUGAAGAAUAAAAACGGCCUGGUCGGUUUGUGUCCGAGAGAAUAUUUGAGUUCGGCGCUUGGUCAUUUUCCGUACCAGUUGCAAGAAUCGCUGGAGGAAUCGGAAGACUUUGUGAUGAUUAGAGAUAAAGCAGAGAAUGUUACGCCAAAUGAGGAACAAAAACCAAAAAGGAUGUCGCAACCGCACAGACCAGCACCACCAGCUCCGGCUCCAGGCAGAGUGCCAUUGCAAAAGGAUAUUGUUGCGAACGCAGAAGCUUCUGUUCAAGCAGGAACUCGAGAUAACGAAUCUGCGACCGAUAGUGCGGACAGUAUAAAAGAAAAGCGUGCGGAUCAACGACAGAAUGUAAUUUCGGAAUUGGUUAUAACGGAGAAAGAGUAUGUCCGCGAUUUAAAAUUGACGUACGAAACAUUUAACUUGUACGAGCCGAGUUCUCUUGUAUCAAGGGGCGUCGAUGUCGCUACGUUGUUUGGCAAUAUCUUGGAAGUUAUUCACGUUGCCGAGGAGUUGUUAGAUAUGAUCAUGAAAGCGAUGAAAGGUUGCGAUGAAAACUUGCAGAUGGUCGGGCCUUGUUUCGUGAAGAUGGCCGAGAAAUUGAAGACUGUUUACGUUAAAUACUGCGGCAAUCAUGAAGCGGCAUUAACUUUGCUGAAAAAGUAUGAAAAUAACGAGGAAAUUAUGAAGAUAUUUAAUAAAGGUAUUGAAACACUACGUCAUCAAAUCGCUUGCUUCGAUAUGAGUUCUAUCUUGAUAAAACCGGUUCAAAGAAUCUUAAAGUAUCCUCUGAUAUUGUACAAAUUAAUAAAGUGUACGGAGGACAACCAUCCAGAUAAAGCGCCUACAGAAGAAGCGUGGAAGGCAAUGACGAGUGUAGCCAGCUACAUUAACGAAUACAAGCGUAGGAAGGAUAUCGUAUCCAAAUAUUUGGACAACGAUAACACGCUAAUCGGCAAAAUGUCGAAAUUAAGCAUGCACUCUGUAGCAAAGAUGUCUACAAGACUGAGCACGAAAUUAUCGGCGAGUUUGGGAUUGACAAACGUCGCGUGCGACGUUCAAUUCGAAGAGCUCGAGAAGCAAUUUCGAUCUAUUGAGAAAUGCACGUGGCAGCUGGCGAAAGACGUCGAACAGUGCACUAUGCACUUGAGCGAGGAGGCUAUGUCGGGAGAUGUGAUAGCCGAGUUUUUGGGUCACUAUUAUCAGGGAACGCCUACUUCCGACGUGAAGAAAUUGCAAGAUAUAAGGUCCACUAUAUGGUCUCAAUAUAUUCCAGAUUUUAAGUCAUGCGUCGAGAAGAGAGUCAGCGCGCCACUACAUUUGCUAACGACAUUAUUAGAAGGACCGGCGGUUCUAAUAUCGAAAAGGCAUGAUAAAUUACUGGAUUACGACGCUGCUAUUUCUAAGAGUGAGAAAUCUAAAGAAUCAAAAAUUGUACAAGAGGAAUUAUUUACUGCAAAGAGUAAUUACGAGGCGUUGAAUCAGCAAUUGUUAGAGGAAUUGCCUAUACUGCUGGAUUCAGUGGCAAACAUUCUAGUUACUUGCUUAAGUGCCUUCGCCGGAGCUCGAAAAUUGCUAAGUGGCAAAAUUACCAAGCAAUAUCUGACGUUGUGCGAGACGUCGCCGCACUUGUCAUCGCAAGACGUGUUGGAAUCGUUUCUCGUGAACCAUAAUUUGGUGUGGAAUCAAAUAAAACGUUUCACGUUUGCUGGUACGAAUCCUCAAGUAGAUGAUGAAGGCCAAACUCAACUUUGCGCGCAGUCCGACAGGCAGAGAUCCCUACUCAAAGAAAAAUAUGCAGCCGAUAAAUUGUACAUAGUAAUGGAAAACGUCGCCAGUACGUCCGCAUUGGACUUGGGUGCCACGAGAGGUAAUUUGGUCGCCGUCAUAAAGAAGCAGGAUCCUAUGGGAGAUCCUGCAAGGUGGUACGUCGACACUGGGAUCACUCAAGGAUUUCUGCCGUCUAAGAAAUUGAAACCGGCUCAACAGAGCCAACCACGCGAUUAUACCGCGACGACGGACAUCGCCACGAGCAGGAAGAGCCCUCCGAAUUUGAUGUUGUUGGAUUCUCCGGAGAAAGAGAUCAAGAAGACAUCUCAAUCGCAUCUGCAAGAUUUGCUUUCAUUAGACAUAAGUAAUGAAUCGAAAGUAAAUCAGACUUACAGUAACAUCCCAGGAACGUCAAAGGUUCAAGUGUAUCAGAAUAUAAACAGCGAAUUUUAUUAUGCGAUGUACGAUUUCGCUGCGAAUAUACCAGGUACGUUGGCCGUUACAAGUGGCCAAGCUCUGAGACUGCUUAGACCGCACGACGAGAAGGGAAACGACGAAUGGUGGCUAGUAGAGAAUCGUAACGGCCAACAAGGAUAUGUUCCACGAAAUUAUUUACAAUCUCCAGUUAAGCCGAAAUCAUAACAAUGGAAUGAAAUCAAAUCGUGGCAUAAAUGUUACAUUUAUACACAGGACUGCUUGUCCGUUUUAUAAUUAAUUGUUUAUUAGCAGCGCGCUUAUAUUACUAAAGAAUUUUGCGCAACUCUAUCUAACAUUUUUAUAUAUUUAAACGUAAACUGAAGUUUUAAUCAGACCUGAUUGAGCUUAAAAAAUCAAACAAGAUUGCAGUAAAUUAUCAACGCUAAUGCUCGAGAAUAACUUUCUUAAUUUCCUUUUUAGUACUUAGACUUGUACAUGAAUGAUAUUUAUACACUUUAAAGUUCUUACACAUACGUAUUGAUGUUGUCCAGUUGUUACAUGUGUGUAUAAAUGUAUAUAGUAUUUUUACCGGGAGCAAAUUGAUUCUCUUCUGUGAUUGUCGUUCGAUUUUUAAUUGUAUGUAUAUAUAAAGUCACUAAUCAAUAUUAUAGCAUAGCAACGCGUACGCUCUUGCCUAACAAGAUAAAGUUCUGACAGAGCGUUUCUGUCGCAGAGUGAUAUGCUGCGUAUUUAUCAAUUUGAUUUCGGACAUUGCUGAUGAAUUUUUCUACUCGCACACUUUAUCUCGUACUUUACACAAUCUUGCUGAUCUUUAUAUCGCAUUUGCAGCUGCAAUUCCGAAUAUACAUUUGUACAUAGUAUAAUAAUUUCCAAUAAAUUAUAUACCACUUAAAAAAUA